AUGCGAAAGUUGGAAUGGGACGACAUGGGAGUGAAGGUCGACGGUUGGCAGCUACACCAUUUGCGCUUCGCUGAUGACAUCGUACUGAUAACACUUAACAGUAUCAGCCAAGCGGAACGAAUGCUGACCGAAUUCGACGAAACAUGUGGAUGCAUCGGUCUUCAGCUGAAUCUACAAAAGACAAAAGAUGUUCAUGCGGAACGGAUGGGUCUCGGAUGCCCCAUUCACGCUCAACGGAACGAACAUAUCCGAAUGCACCAGCUGCGUUUAUCCGGGUCGGGAAUUGAACAUGAUGAACGACCUGACCCCCGAGCUGGGCAUGAGGAGACGAGCGGCUUGGGGAGCGUACAAGAUCAUCGAGGAUAUAGUGAAGGAGACCAAGAACACCCGGCUCCGUGCUCACCUCUUCAACACCACCGUACUUCCUUCUUUGACUUCUGCUUCGGAAACCUGGGCAUUUCGCAAGCAGGAAGAAAACGCGGUGAGCGUCAUUGA